AUGGGACCCCCAUCUAUUUCUCCUCCUGCAGGUGAGAAGCCCUACAAAUGCUCAGUGUGCGAAUCCGCGUUCAACCGUAAGGACAAACUGAAGAGACACAUGUUGAUCCAUGAGCCAUUCAAGAAAUACAAAUGCCCCUUCUCGACACACACAGGCUGCAGUAAAGAGUUCAACCGGCCAGAUAAGCUGAAGGCUCAUAUCCUCUCCCACUCUGGCAUGAAGCUCCACAAGUGUGCCCUGUGCAGCAAGUCCUUCAGCCGCCGCGCCCACCUCGCGGAGCACCAGCGCGCUCACACGGGCAACUACAAGUUCCGCUGCGCCGGCUGUGCCAAGGGCUUUUCCCGACACAAAUACCUCAAGGAUCACCGCUGCCGCCUUGGCCCCCAAAAGGAUAAGGACCUGCAAGCCCGGCGGCCCUCCCGGAGGAGGGCAGCACCCCGCAGCGGCAGCAGUGGUGGGCGCAAGGUGGUGACCCCCCUGCCUGACCCGCUGGGGCUGGAGGAGCUGAAGGACACGGGGGCUGGGCCAGUGCCCGAGGCUGCCCCAGGCAAGCCGCCCUUCUCAGAGCCAGAUGCAGUGCUGUCCAUCGUAGUGGGUGGCACAGUAGGUGGCGAGCCUGAGCUGGUAGUGCCCGGGCAUGCUGAGAGCCUAGGCUCCAACCUGGCGCUAGCGGAGCUACAGGCAGGGGCUGAGGGCCCAUGUGCCAUGCUUGCUGUGCCUGUCUACAUCCAGGCCUCAGAGUGAUGGACUCUUGGUGUUUGCUCCCCGAGCCUGGCCUAACACUCACCUUUGGGUCCAGGCCUCAGGGACUGACUAGAGAUCCUUCCCAGUGGAAGUGAGCCAUUGGCCAAAAUCCUUCUAGUCAGGGACUGACUAGAGAUCCUUCCCAGUGGAAGUGAGCCAUUGGCCAAAAUUUGUGAACCCUGGCCUAUGGCCAGCCUGCUGUAGCUCCUAUUCUGAUGGAUAGCCCUGCAGCAUUCUGGAAUGUGAGGCAGGGCUGCCUAUGGCUUCCAGGUAGGGACAUUGGAGAUAAGAGAGCUGGCCAAGCCAGCAGUCCCGGGUCUGGCUGGUCCAGGCUGGUGUCAGCCCACCUAAGAGAGAAGACAGGAUGGUCUGACCUGCCCUUCGUCUGGGCUAUCUUGGUGUGGCCUCUAGUCAAGAUGCUCUUCUGGAGGCCUGAAAUGGGUGGGGCCCUUAUCUUCUGGAUCUUUUCAUACACGGUUCCACAUGGUAUCUACAGAUGACUCUGUGAUGUAGACAUUUAGGUGGUACUCAAGUGUCAUGGUUAGAGUGCAGCUAUCAGCCAGAUUUGGCUUCAAAUCUGCUACUCACUUGCUGUGUGACCUUGGUUAUGUCACUUUACCUCCCUGAACCCUGUGUUUCUCAUCUGUACAAUGGGGCUUAUGAAAUUUUGACCUCAUAGGGCUGUCAUAGGGAUCCAGUAUGAUGAAAUGUGCAAAGAACUUGGCAUAGUGCUUGGCACUUGGAAAGUGCUCAAUAAAUGUUUGUAUCAAAGUGUGUCCAAUGGCUCAGGCUUGAGCCUUGGCAGUUUCUUUCUUUGCCCCUAGGUGGCAGCACCCCCUCCUCCAAAGUGUUGGGGGAGCUGAGAGGUCCUAUGGCCCCUUGUGCACAGCUGUGCUGCCCCAUUAGCCAUGGAGAAGUUUGAUGCUCCCAGAAUGGUUAUUUAAGAACAUGGCUGUGGAAGGGGUUUAUAUUCACUUCUGAAAAUACAAGAUCCUGGGUCUUGCCCCAAACCGUUUGGCAUCAGAAACUCUGAUCAGAGCCAGAGGUCCAUCUCAGGCAGGCCUCCAGAAUCCAUAGUUGCUCCCACCACCUGCGCUCUGUCCCCACUCCCCAGCUAGUCCAGAGAAGAAGCAAACCAGGCUUAUUGGGAAACAAAGAAGAGAAAAGGGGCCUUGGCCAGUGUUUCUUCAUUUCCAUUCACAGCCACACUGCCUCAGUGAUAAGAGAGGAAACAGGCUCCAGAAGGGUCAGGACGGGAUGCAGCACAGCUCUUGCACUCAGUUUGAUGAGUUUCCUUGAAGACUGGUACAUCCCUCAGAUAUCUGUGUUGGGGCUCUGGGCUGGAGCUCAGAGCAAGUCCAACUUCCCCUCAGGAAAGGUACAAUGCAGUAGGAAGGACCAAUGAGGAAAUGGCACACCACUGAGGGGGUGAGAGCUGUAAGUGCACCCAGCCUGCAAGGCCAGAGGAGGAACUGGUAAGGACAGAAAAUCUCUUCAGGGGAGGUCACACUUGAGCCGGUCCUUAACACGGAAUAUUUUGAUGGAUGGAUAAAUAGGGGAAGGCAUGCCAGGGAGAGCAAGCCAUGAGACAAGCCUUCAAGGUAUGACAGUUCUGGGGCUGGUGAAGGGACCAGGAUGACAAGAGAUUUGGGGAUAGUGGUUAGAUCAUCAUAAUCAUGAAUAUAUUUCAAGCUUCCACACGAGGGACACUGCACAUAGCACCUCAGCCCCACCAGGUGAGAAUUGUUAAUUUCCUUAUUUUGCAGAUGAGAACACAGAGGCGCAGAGAAACCAAGCUCCUUGCCCAAGCUCACACAGCUAGUAAGUCAGAGCUGGGAUUCCAGCUGGGGUGGCCUGCCUCCGUGCACUGUUAGCCACUUUGCUGUAUUGAAAUAGAAGUUGAUGUUGAAUCAGAAGUAUCCUUGGAUGUUAGGUUAAGGAAUUUGGACUUUAUUCUCUUCAAAAUGGAGGAGUCAUGGGAGGCAUGAAACAUUUUUAAAAAUUGUGACAUUAAAGAAAAUGUUAAAAACCGUAUCUCCAUCCUAAUACAACUACUGAAGUUAUAUUUCAGUCUCUUCCUGUCAGUGUACACAUGCAUGUAUAUUUAUCAAUAAUCAUAAGGCUUGUGUUUACUAGCACUUAUGCCAUGCCUGGCAUGUCCGAAGCACUUUUAAUUCCAUCUUAUAGCUGAGAUGAAGCCAAAGAUACAGUGAGGUUAAAUAGCCCCAAGUCACACAGCAGUAAGUGGCAGAGCUAGGCCACAGAACAAGGGGCAUAUCAGCGUCUAAUAUUUGAUAGAUGCAUAGUUGGACUGCAGGGGAAGAAGCUGGGACCACACAUUGGGUUCCCAUAACUACAUCCCUCCUAGAUUGGCAGAUGGGAAGACUGAGGUCCAGAAAGGGGAAGGCGGGGGUGCCUGGGUGGCUCAGUUGGUUGGGCAUCUGCCUUCAGCUCAGGUUAUGAUCCUGGAGGCCUGAGAUUGGGCUCUACUUCAGGCUUUCUGCUCAGUGAGGAGUCUGCUUCUCACUCUCAUCCUUUGUGCUCUCCCUCCCCCCUGCCAAAUAAAUAAAAUCUUUUUUUUUUUUUAAGGGGGAAGGCCCUUGGUCAUGGGUUACUCAAAGUUGACACCAGAGCUGCUCCAGGACCCCAGAGCUCUCUAUAGGACCCCCAAGGUGCUGGAGAGAAUGAAAUAUAAAGAGGGUCCAUCCUGAGCAUCCAGGGUUCCACAGAGAUGUUCAAAUCAAGUAGAGCUAGGUUUGAAUCUGGCUCUGUCCCUUCCUACGUAUGUGGCUGUGGCAAGUCACAUCACCUCUCUGAGCCUCAGUAUCCUCAUAUGUCAGAUGGGGGAGAAUAAUAGUACCUACCCAAUAAAGUUAGCACAAUUCAGAGAGAAUUCAGGUAAAGCAGAGAUAAUGGAUUGGGUUGAAUGCAGCCUACAGAUAGACUUUGUUUAGAUUUCACAAUGAAAUCUAAUUUCACAAUGAAAAAAAAAAGCCAAUAUUUAAAAAUAAUGAAAUUAAAAACCUGGUGAAAAGGGAGAUGUAUUCCCUCUG